GUUUAAUUCAGAACAGAUGCAAAUGGCGGCCUGUAAGAUAUGACUUGUUUUACUGGAUUAAAUUAGACUGAUGUAAAAAAUGGCGACUAAAUUAUUUAUUGGCCGGGCCCAAGUGCACGUGCCCAACACGUGUGUUUGGUGUGAAAGCAUACAGGACGUUAACUGGUACUGUAAUGACUGCCAGGAGGCUCUGUGUGAACGCUGUUUUGAGGGUCAUCAACGCGCGAGAAAGACACGAAAUGACGUUGCUGUGCCAAUAACAAAAGCAACAAGACAAAGUGGUGCAGUUCUAUCAGAGGUAUGUACGACACAUCCCGGUAAAUCAUGUGACCUGUUCUGUACAGAGUGUCACGUCGUUAUGUGCAACAUGUGUUUUACCCAGAAAUACAAACAGCACACAUUCAAACAUUUGGAAGAAGAAAUUGAUUCACAAAAACUUGACAUACAAGUUCAAAUAAAGAGUCUAAAGUCCAGUCUAGACGUGCACUACACUUCUCUAACAAAGCGUCAUGUAGAUAGCAAAUCAUUUAAAGAGAACGUGGAUGUUAUUCGACAAACUGUACAAAACCAGAGACUGACACUGAAAGCAGAGAUUGAUUCCAUAGCCGACGCCGUCUUGGUCGAGUUAUCGUCCUUGGUUGAUGAAGAAGACAAAUCUCACAAUCAGGACUGUCAAUCUCACGAAACAAAUAUCAAAGAGAUCAAGCAGUUGAUCAGAGAUGUAGAGCAGAACACAGAAAAUAUGUCUAGUGAAUCCUUGUUUGAGCUGACGGGGAGACUGAGAACCGCCAUACCACUGUAUGAUGUUACUAAAAAGAGCGUGUUACCUCGCCAACCUCACUUCGUGUCUGGGAAACUUAACGCAGAUCAGAUAAAGUCAAUGAUUGGAUAUCUUCAGGUCGACGAAUUGGAAAAGGAAAACAUCGGGUAUAAGAAGAAAGAAAUUGACAGUAAAGAGGUUAGUCAGAAUUCUACAUUCUGAGUAUCUCAUCAGACACAAAUCAACGCGAUAUGUCCUAUUGACGACACUAACGCAUGGAUGUCAGUAUUU